GAUUUAGUGCUUGUCUCCCCUUAGUAAUUAGCAAGAAUCAAACUUUCUUUGUCAAAGGGAGGGUGACUCACUUCUACUGUCACUCCAGGAAUUGGCCAAGUGAAACCACUUCCUAAAGCGUAAUAUAGCGGGUUUGGGUUUAAUUAUCAACCCGGGUCCUAGAUUUGAUGACUACUCAGUGAAUUCUUGUUAUCUAGCAAUGAAACUUUAAUGCAAGUCCAAACUAACAAACUAACAAAGCAAGUAAACUGUUGUAUUCAGGUUAAGAGAGGUCACCCGGAUAUGGUUCCCCCUAGACUGCAGUUAAGCCGGAUUGUAAUUACCAAGUUCAGUUUCUAUGAUAGUUAUACUGCGGAAGGUUCUUAAACAGCCUGAAGUCUCGACUAAAGGUCUUCAGACCCUCUCAAUCUGAGUCUCUAGCGGGCGACUAACCUCCACCGGAGUAAACAGAUUGAGGCCUUAACAAACAAAACCUCCACUACCGGAGUAAAUCCGGUACAGAAUAGUGAGUUGGCUCCUCGACUAAAGUCACCAACUCCCUACCUUCAAUCAAGGAUGCUCUAUCAACCUAGGCAGAUAUUCUCAUUCUAGGUUAAAGCUGAAACAACAGGAAUUUGAUCAGGAUUCAUGCCAUUCAAUCAUUCAAACCUCAAUUGAAUAUAAUCAAAUCAUAGAAUCAGUACUUGGGUUCAUACAAUCAAACCUAACACACAAAUCUAGGGUUCUCCAUACCCAGAUGAAUGGGAGAACUACUCCACAGAGAAAGAAGCAAAAGCAGAAUCAGACGCGGAAUUCAUACUGUGAAGGAUGGAUUCCUGCUUCUGGACGUUGAUCGGCACUUCUCCAAGCUCAAACUUCCCUCCAAUGGUGUUGAAGAUCAAGCUAGGGAACUUGGAGACUCUUGUUCGUUGCUUUCUCUCUCUAGGAAUCGCUCUGUCUCUCUAAAACUCGAAUCCCCUUCUCUUUGGCUGAAAAUCUGCUUAAAAGGGCAUCAGUGGCCAAAGCACGAUCGAGGGCACGGCCGUGCUUUGCCUCAGCCCGCCCGUGCUUUGGCUAGUGUUAAUUACACGGCCAGUGCAAUGGGGGAAACACGGGCGUGUUUUGGAGAGGACAUGGCCGUGCUUUGGUUGACACGGCCGUGCUUUCAGCCCGUGUUUUUAGCCGAUAUUUGCCACACUCAAAUUUGCUCUCGGCAGUAAAAGCACGGCCACAGAACACGACUGUGUUCUGUUUUAGGUCUGCCCGUGUUUUGACUCCAGCUCGACGAAAUGACUUCUGAAUGCCCCGAAACUCGUGCUUAGCCUUUCCUUUGACGCCUGGGACCUGAAAUAUGACAAAAUAGCACAACCCGGCGUAAAAUAGGCCAAAAAUACACGACUGUGCCCCUCAAACGGAUAAGAAUUAGGGGUGCAAAUACGUGCAAUUACAUCGUUAUCAGAGGGUUAUUGGUGAAACAUUCUUCUACCUCAUGAAUUAGUGCAUAAGUAUAUAAGGAAGAUUAUAUCGAGUAGAUCAGCCUUGAAAAAUGAUCUUAUGAAGGCGUUUGAUUCAGUCAAUUGGAAGUUUCUCCUUAUAGUGUUGAAAGCCAUGGGCGUGCCUCCUCUUAUAUUCAUUGUUGGAACUACUAACCCCCAAUUGGCUAGUCCUAUGCAGAGUGUUGCUUUCAAUGGGGGGUAGUAGCUUACUUCCUUGCUCAACAUGGUUUAAGUCAAAGAGAUACUCUUUAUCCAUAUUUAUUAGUUGUAGCAAUGAAGGUUUUCUCCUGUUUGCUUGAUCUUGAAGCUAGAAAGGAUAUAUUCCCUUUUCACCCUUUGUGCAAAGAUCGAUAUGACUCAUCUAUGCUUUGCUGAUGAUCUAUUAGUGUUCUCUGAUGGUUCUAAUUAUAGUAUUCAGAGUGUGGAAAAGGUCAUUGAAAUCUUUCAUAAACUCUUUGGUCUACAAUCAAACCUGAGUAAAUCCAAAAUAUUCUUAGGGGGUAUUGAUAAAGAGGAAAUGGUGGCAAGAGCAAGCAGGUAUGGUUACAAACAAGGAAACUUCACUGUUAAAUAAUUGGGGUGCCACUAGUGGCUGGUAAGCUUAUUGUGAUGCUUGUAAACUCUUAGUUGAUCGAAUUACCGCAAGAGUUCAGGGCGGGAAAGCUAAAGCACUUAAUUAUGCUCGCAAGGUUGAGCUGGUGCUGAAUGUUUUGUAUAGCAUGUCGCAGUAUUGGAUGAGUGUAUUUCUUCUGCCAAAGGCUCUAAUUACAAAAGUUGAGAGGAUCUGCAACAACUUUCUUUGGUCACGAGGGUUAGGGGUAAAGCUGGAACAAGAAUGGCAUGGAAGUAUUUGACAUUCCCAAAGAAAGAAGGGGCCCUCAGUUUAGAGGAUCUUAUUACCUGGAAUUACAUGUAUUUUCAUGUAGAUUUGGGCAAUAAUGUUGCAACACGGCUCCUUGUGGGUUUCCUCGUUUCAUGCUUACAAGAUAAAAGGAAGGAAUUUCUGGUCUAUUAACAUUGAUGGCUCCUGGGAUUGGAAGAAGCUAUUGAAAAUAAGAGGUAAGAUUCCUAACCUUUUUAGCUUGCAUAAUGGCCCGCUAAAAUGGAACAAUUUUGAUUUGCCAAGGUACUCUAUUAAAAAGGUUUGGGAAGUUAUAAGAAGAACCGGGGAACUAGUAUAAACACAUAUGGAAAGGGACUGCAAUCCCACGAAAUCACUUUCUGGUUUGGCUUAUCCUAAGAGAUAAGAUUCAAACCAAGGACAAGAUGAAGAAGGGUUUAAUAGCUCUGAUCUCUGUUUGCUCUGUGGACAACUUGAUGAGACGCGAGAUCACCCUUAUUCUUCUUGCUCUUACUAUAUUUCUGUUCAUAAUUAAGUAGCUUUUUGAGGAAUUUUCCGACUUUCUUCCACACGUACAAUUGGAAAGAUAACCUUGCUUGAGCUAUGUUGGAACUUUUGGGGGCGAGGGUAUACGUACAAUAGCCUGAUACCGGGUGGCCAGGAUUGUGAUAGAGUCGUGAACAACGUUCACUUUCCGAAAAGAAUAUUUCCACUCUCUACAAAGGCUUGGGUUACAGGAAAUUUCUCCCGAGGAUAAAACUAUCACCACUUUAGGUUCCAGGCUCAAGAACACUAAAGUAUAUUUAGAAAU